GAUGGUCUUGGGUUGAUUAAAACUGCUAGUGAGAUUGAGGACAUGGCUAUGCAGGUUGACUCCACUGGUGGAAUUUAUUUUGUGCCGGCAUUUAAUGGAUUAUUUGCUCCAUGGUGGCGUGAUGAUGCUCGUGGAGUUUGUAUUGCCAUUACAAGGUUUACAAACAAGUUUCACAUUGCUCGAGCUAUGCUCGAGAGUAUGUGUUUCUAGGUGAAAGAUGUGUUUGAUUCAAUGCAUAAGGAUGCAGGGGAGAAGGGUGAGGUCAAAAAUGAGAAGGGGGAAUUCUUGCUUAGGGUGGAUGGUGGUGCUACUGUUAACAACCUUUUGAUGCAAAUUCAGGGUAGCCCAGUGGUAAGACCAGCUGACAUAGAGACAACAGCUCUCGGAGCAGCCUAUGCUGCUGGGUUAGCUAUUGGGGUUUGGACAGAAGACGAAAUUUUUUCUUCUGGGGAAAAGAAGGAGAAAGCUACCAUUUUCAGUCCAACAUUGCAAGAAGAUCUGAGGCAGAAAAAGGUGGAGUAUUGGUGCAAGGCUGUUUCAAGAUCUUUUGACUUGGCCGAUCUAUCCUUGUGACAAACUCUUCAUUUUGUUAUCUUGCUCGCCUUUUCAUUUUAUCAUUUUCUCCUUCCGGUUAACUUUCUAUAAUGCUUAUGGUGAAGUUUAUAUCAUAAUAAAAUGUUGAUUUGGGAGUAUCGCCACCAUUGCAUCAUCC